AUGGCUGUAGGAAACAAUACAGUAAAUUGCUUUCACAUGGUUGCGCUGAUCAUGUUUGCCUUCGCCAUUGCUUCUCUUUUUCGAUUAGACAAAGGUGUCAACGUUGUCCGCCUAGACAAACCGAUUUUCUCCAAAGCACAACAAAAUGCAACUGAAAAUGGCUGCGAUUUGUUUUCCGGGAGAUGGAUAUACGACACUUCAUACCCUCUUUACACCGAGGGAAAUUGCUCGUUGAUUGGGGAUCGCUUUACCUGUGCGAAAUAUGGGAGAAAGGAUUUAAAAUAUCAGAACUGGAGAUGGCAACCACAUCAAUGUGAUCUUCCUAGGGUUAAUGGGACUACAUUGUUGAAGAAAUUACGGAAUAAAAAACUUAUAUUUGUAGGAGAUUCGUUAGAUCGAAAUCAAUGGAGAUCUUUGAUGUGUUUAAUCGAACCAUAUCUUCCACCUGCUACGAAUAAAACAUUGGUCUCGGAGGGAAACCUCAAAAAGUUAUACGUAGAGGAUUACAACGCGACCAUUGGAUUUUAUUGGUCGCCGUAUCUCGUGGAGUCAAGCGCAGACCAUGUAGGCGCAAGCGCACAACCAGGACUGACGGUGCGGAUUAAUUCCAUCGAGAAACAUGCGCGGCAUUGGAGUGAUGCAGAUAUACUAAUAUUUGACACAUUUCUUUGGUGGGCUCUUAAAAUUGAAAGCAUUGCAUCGAUUUCAUUUCACAGUCCUGAUGCAGUUUACAAAAAAGUGGAAUCAUCACAAAGUCCAUUUGAAAUUGCUCUAAAUACUUGGUCAGAAUGGCUAGAGUAUCGUAUCGAUCGUAAUAAAACCAAAAUAUUCUUUACGAGUUCAUCACCUAUUACAGUCGGAGAAACGCCUUGGGGUACUAAUCUUGGAUGCUACAACGCAACAGAGCCGAGAGCUGAUGAUAUGUAUUGGCAAAACCAUCGAAGAGAUUUGAUGAAGGUAGUUGAAUCUGCGAUAGAAAAUCUCAAAGAAAAAGGUGUAAAAGUUGAUUAUUUGAAUAUAACACAACUGUCAUGUUAUAGACAAGAUGCACAUCUAUCUGUAUAUACUCUACGUUACAAAGAUGUAGGUUUCAAGCUUCGAAACCCUGCCAAAUCAGACUGUAUCCAUUGGUGUCUUCCUGGAGUUCCCGACGUUUGGAAUCAGAUUCUCUAUGCCUAUAUUAUUAAACCCUAG